AUGGAUCAAUCAAAGGAAGCAACCUCGGCUCCCGCCGCCCCGACCCCCGUCGUGUCCGAUGGACCCAAGAAAGAGCUCUUCAACGACCCAGCGCGGACGGGCUUCGACCCGGAGAUGAAGUGGUGGAUGAACUACUUCCGCAUCCUGUCCGGCGGCAUGACCAACGAGGGCAAGUUCCACUAUCGCGAGUGGCGCUACAAGGUCCACGAGGAGAGAGACUGCAAGCGCUGCGAGGACAACCGCAACUGGCUCUUCACCCACUCCCCCGUCGUCCGGUUCCUGUCCGAGAAGAUUGGCGACCUCAACGGCGACCUGAAUAAGGACAACGUCAUGUGCCGGCGGUGCCCUGCCCGCCUCACCGAGGACGGCCAGGUCCACAGGCAGUCUGGCGGCUUCAGCCCGGACCACGGCAUCCUUCUCUGCGCCAACGAGAUCAGGGACAGGAAGCACAUGGAGGACACGCUGGCGCAUGAGAUGGUGCACGCGUGGGACCAUUUGAGAUGGAAGGUGGACUGGAUGGGCGAUAAAGAUCUCAAGCAUGCCGCCUGCACCGAGAUUCGUGCUUCAAUGCUGAGCGGCGAGUGCCGCUGGACUCGAGAAACCUUCACACGGGGUCAAUGGAACCUGACGCAGCAGUUUCAACAUUGCGUUCGGCGGAGAGCCAUCCAAUCCGUCAUGGCUCGGCCUAGAUGUAAAGACGAGGAUCAAGCGACCAAGGUGGUGAACCAAGUUUGGGAGUCGUGCUUCUCAGAUACCAGGCCAUUUGAUGAAGUGUACAGAUAA